GUCUAGAACCGCUUUUCACGAUGGAGCAAGGGAUAAAGGGCAAUGGUAUUCCCCUAUGCUCCUUCAUCUAUUCAAGCAAACGCCUACGCUGCAUCUUUCCAUCCGCCUGCCAUGUGCUCCUACACGUCUGCCAGACUACUGUAUCGUGGAUGUACUCGGGAUCCACCCCAUACUUUCGCAAAGCACUAUUACAAAAGGUGUCCGCAGGCCGUGAACACUGGCGUAUUUUGUACCGACGCUGUCUUUGAUCCGUCCCUUGGUAUGUUUGGAAUUACAACCCGGCGCGGCACUUGUCCUAGUGACCGAGACUCCGGUAUCUCCACAAACACAGUUGUCGAGUCCGAUAUCCUGGACUAAGGAUGAUGAGACAAUCUCAUAUAUGCAAGGUCAUAUAUGCAAGGUUUCGCGAGGAGGGAAAAGCAAUAGGAACUAUGGGUCUUUUGUUGCGUGUUGGAUGAACACGGAUCUAACUUGUUUGGUUUGAUUUGUCGUUGACACGCGAUUAAAGGGGUUGGGGGAUAGAUUAGGCUACGCUUUUCUAAGUAGGAGCUAAGUGGCUGUGGCGCCGGAUUAGAGAUCGGGCCGAACCCUGCUUCCUAGAUAUUUAGAGAUCAAUCCAUCCCCAUCCAGAUCUGAA